CAAGCGGAGGGAGCAAAAUGGCGGACGAAGAUAUUACGCUUGAUGGAAAACCUCUUCAGUCGCUCCGAGUUGCCGAUUUGAAAGCGGCUCUGGAGCAAAGAAACCUCCCAAAAAGCGGACAAAAGAACACACUUAUCAAGCGACUCAAAGGGGCUCUGAUGCUGGAGAACCUACAGAAGACAUCGUCCUCUCACAGUGGGCUGCAGCCCAACUCUCAGAUAGGAGAGGAGAUGUGCCAAAACAGCUUCAUAAAGCAGUACCUGGCCAAGCAGCAAGAGCUCCUUUGCCAGAGACUGGAGAGAGAGGCCCAGCAGGGGCAAGACGCUGAUGAGAGCCCAGCUGUACCUGAGGAGGAUGAAGAACACUCGGAGGACAAUGACAGCUCCUCCUAUGCCUCUGACAAGCCACGUCAGGUUCUGGCCAGGCCUGAGGAGAGAGGGGCAGGAGACUCAGUGACAGGUCAUGGCACCACCCUUCAUCACCAGGAGGCCCAUGACGCUCCAGGAGCUAGGAUGCAGCGAGCCACCUUUCACCAAGGACACAAGGAGCCACCAGCACCCUCUCCUCCCCGUGCAGUCGCCUCCCUGUCAGUGCGCGUUCUGGGACAGCCCGACUGUCCCCCAGCAGUACCCCCAGCUCAGGAGAAGGAAGGCACCGCACCGAGUGAACCAGGAUCGGCUCGUUCUGUGCUCCACCUGAGCCGAUCUGCUGGGGGUUCAGCAUCAAGCCAUGUCCAUGAGGAUAGUGAUGAAGGUGAUGAUGGUGAUGAUGAGAGUGAUGAUGAUGAGGACUGGGGGCCUGGUCCCGGUGGGGUCCGAAAGGGAAGCAGGGGACCUGCCCCAUCGCAGCAGAUGCCACCCAGCGUCCCAUCAUCAGCUGGAAGAUCCAAACGCAAACUUCAACCUCCGCAGCACAUCCCACCUCCACAGAGCCCGCCAGACCCAGAUGACCGUGAAGAAGCUGGACGCAGCCAAAGGGUGGUGUCAUUCCCACCUUCCAAGGUGCAGAGGCAAGAUUCUGACUCAAGUUCUCGUUCCAGCAGUCCCGAACCACGCGUGAAACGUGGGACAGGGCCCCUUUCUCUGCUUGUACACAAGAUGGAGUCAGAGGGGGCUGGUGUGUCAGGAGAGACUGCACACUCCACUGCUGAGUCUUCCAGUGAAUCCCCACAGCCAGGACGGGAGACAAAGAUGCAACAAGAGGACAGGAAGAUGGAGGAAGAGAGGCAGCUGAAGGAGAGGGAGGACAAGGAGAGACAGCAGGAGCAGAAGAGAGAA